AUGCGAAAAUUGACUCCAUAUUGUAAUCAUUCUGCAAAUACAACUUGCAUUCACUGCAUGGGAAAGGAUACGGACGGAGAAGCGAUUCGUUGGCUGUGCCAACAUGGCCCUGGUCAGAUGUGUCCGAACUGCGUGAAACUGAAAAAAGGGGAAAAGGUCGAGCUGGAGUUCUUAUGCCAGCACGGUCCAAAUCAAUAUUGCACAAACUGCCUUAAUACGGCGGAUCAUAGCAAUGUGAAGCAUCUAUCCUUCGAAGACUACCUAAAUCAGGAGAAGAAAUUAUGUACACAUGGUCCAAACCAGCGCUGUCCGCAUUGCACGAUGCCGACGCUUCCAUCCUACAAAGUAAAAAAGUUCUGUCGCAAUCAUCCUCCCUACCCUCGCGGUCUCUGCACGUCCUGCCAGCCGAAACCGUGCACCCUCGCCCGUCAAGUCCCCGUUUUUUUAUCGCUCUCACCUAGAAAUACCGUCAUGUCGAUAAUGUCCAAGUGGUCGACAAGAACCUAUCUCUACGGCCGCUACGAGCGCCUGGAAGGCACCCACGGCGUUCGCGAGAUCGCUUUCGUUUAUUCGCUUUACAUCCCCAAGCAGCGCUUCAUUAACGGAAAAAUCGAGCUCCUCGCCUCCGAUCCCUACCGAAAAGCCGCCGACGCCGUCGCUCGGCGCCUCGACCUCCGCAUCAUCGGCGCCAUCUACACGCGACCCUCCCAGAAAGAGCGAAUAACCGCGGGAGACGUCGACCUCAUCGCGAAACUCCAGUGGGGCGAGCGGACCCGCGGGGAUUUCUGCUCGCGAUUCGUGAGCGUGGUGGUGGAGCGGAAUGAAUCGCGGGAAAUCGAGCCUUUUGCCUACAUGCUUUCGGACCAGUGCAUGUGCAUGUACCGCGACGGAAUGAUCGAAUCCCCGCGGAAAGGCAGCGACUUGGUCCACGUGCGGAAUCGGACUCCCGCGGGGGAACUGCUUUCCGUGGUGAUUCGGAACGACGCGAAAUUGGGAAGCCAAGAAGUGACAGAAUUCGAGGCUAUUUUCUUCCUGGUGGAACUCACGAUUUCAUUGGUCCGCGCGGGGAAACGCCCGCUGGUGUUCGAGAAGAGCGAUUUUCCCGCGGUGAAUUCGGAGGAGGAAACGCACGCGACGCUUUUGAGUGGGAAAUUUUGGCGGGAAAGAGAAAUGGUGGAAACGCUGCGGAGCGGUCAGAAAAGCGAGGCGGCGAUGCGGCAAACCGCGGGGGAAGACUCGGUGGAGGAGGUGUGUCGGAGCCUGCGAGAGAAGAAGCCGUUGUCGAGAAAUGCGCUGCAGUUGUUGGAGGUGUUGGGAACGAGCGAGUUGUUAUGA